AACUUAGGUUUUAGAGCCGUCAUGUCGAUGGGCAUGGAGAUCGUGGGCAUAGCCCUCGGAACCAUCGGAUUUAUCAUUUCAAUCGUCACCUGCGCUCUGCCCAUGUGGAAGGUGACCGCCUUCAUCGGAGCCAACAUCGUCACCGCUCAGACCAUCUGGGAGGGUUUGUGGAUGAACUGUGUGACCCAGAGCACGGGCCAGAUGCAGUGUAAGAUCUAUGACUCCAUGCUGGCCUUGUCCAGAGAGCUCCAGGCCUCCAGAGCAAUGCUAAUCAUUGCCAUCAUACUUGGAGUGUUGGGGGUUUUGAUCUCCAUAGUUGGCGCAAAAUGCACCAACUGCAUUGAAGAUGAGGCGUCCAAGGCCAAAGUGAUGAUCAUCUCUGGGAUCUUCUUCGUCCUCGCUGGUGUCCUGGUCCUCAUUCCUGUCUCCUGGACGGCCCAUGUCAUCAUCAGAGAUUUCUACAACCCCUUGGUGUUAUCAUCGCAGCGGAGAGAGUUGGGGGCAGCACUCUACAUCGGCUGGGGAGCAUGUGCCUUGCUCCUGAUUGGUGGGGCAAUGCUUUGCUCAAGUUGUCCUCCGAAAGAGAAGAAGUACAAGCCUCCAAGAAUGGCCUACUCUGCCCCCCGCAGCACCAGUGCUGGAUAUGACAGGAAAGACUAUGUUUGAGCAGCUCUGAGGUGUAUCAUCUGGUAGAGUAGGAUAGAAUGAAAACAAAAAACCUGUUUAACAUGAAUGCUUGUGUGUGUGUGUGUAGUGUAUAUGUGUGUGUUGUUAUCAAUUUCUCCAGGGGUUAAUCCCUGGUUAAGACUCCAAUAUGAAGAUACUUGUAUAAAUCCUGAUGUUUGUGCUUUGCUUUUGCAUUGACUCUACAGCAUAGGUUCCAAACUGCAGCUGUCCGGCUGUAUCUGUCCGG